AUGGAGGAAGAUCUUAAAUUGUUAAUUAAAAAGCGAGGGGCUGUGAAGGGGCGAAUCACUCUUUUCAGAAAAUAUUUGGCAGAAAUUGAGGAUAAAGUUUCUAAUUUGGGGGAAAAUGAGCUUUUAGAUGAAACCCUUCUUAUAGAGUUAGAAACUAGAUGUAAUAAAAUUGAGGAAAUCUUUGGGGAGUUUGAGGGUUAUCAAACUGAGAUAGAAUUAAAUUGUAAUGAAGAAGAUUUUGAAUUAAGGCUUAGUGAGAGGGAUGCUUUUGAAAAUGAUUAUUUUAAAGCGGUGAGUAGGGCAAAAAAGAUAUUAAAAUCUCGUAAGGACGGAGAUAAUAAAAGCGAUAUUUCAAGUGUAUCUGAGGCACCCUCAAACAUGAAUUCUGGGGCAAGUUCAAAUGUGAACAACGCGGUUCGCAAUGUGGUUACGGAAAAUCUUUCAAAUAGUGUUAAAUUACCGUUAAUUAAUAUUCCAACUUUUGAUGGGUCUUAUAAUAAAUGGCUGGAAUUUAAAGACACAUUUGAGAGUUUAAUCCAUAAAAAUCAGGGUAUCAGUGAAGUACAGAAAUUUCAUUAUUUGAGGGCGCAGUUAUUGGGGUCUGCUAAGCAAGUAAUCGAAUCUAUUGAGUUUAGCGCCGUAAAUUACAACAUAGCGUGGGAGUCAUUAUGUAAAAGAUUUAAUAAUAAAAGAAUACUUAUCCAAAACCACAUUUCGGGAAUUUUUGAGGUUUCUCCUUUGCGACAUGAGUCUUCUGAGGGCUUGAGAAACUUGUGUGAUACGGUGUCGAAACAUUUGCGGGCAUUAGAAAAUUUGGGUAGACCGGUGCAAUCUUGGGAUGAUUUAAUAAUUCAUCAUUUAGCCUCUAAGUUAGAUCGUAUUAGUUUAAAAGAGUGGGAGAGCCUUAAGGUUAAAAAUGAAACUCCUUUGUUGUCAGAUUUUAAAGAGUUUAUUAAAGGUAGGGCUGAUCUGUUGGAAACUCUAGAACAUUCUAGGAGUCCCAAGGUAGAGAAAGAUCACAUUUCAGGUAACUGGCGUAAACCCAAGGAACAAAAGGCAUUUUUAAGCGUUGGUAAGAAGUGUCCAGUGUGUAAAGACCUUCAUGAACUUGUAAAUUGCAAAGAGUUUUUGAAUUUCCCUGUUCCAAUUCGAGUUAGUAUUGUAAAAAGAAAUAGGCUUUGUAUGUGCUGCUUUUCCUCUAAUCAUUUUAGUAUGAAGUGUACUGCACCUAAGUGUGCAAAAUGUAGUAUGGAUCAUCAUACACUAUUACACUACUCUAGGGCCUCCUUAGAGGGGAGUAGUGCUCAGGUAAAUAAGGGCCAGGAAGUUGUUGUUAGUACUACGAGUGGAGGUACAGAGCAGACUAGUAUCACUAUGUCUACGAGUAGCGGUAAAAAUUGUGGGUAUCGCGGCCAACAGGUUUUGCUCUCAACAGCGGUGGUCAAGGUUAAGGAUGUCUAUGGUGAACUACAUGAAUGCAGGGCUUUAUUGGAUUCGGGUUCGAUGAGCAACUUUCUGACGGAAAAGAUGUAUAACAGGUUAGGGUUGCAGGGUAAACCAGUCGACGUUUCUGUGGUAGGGAUUAGUCAAAGCGCAUGCAAUGUAAAAAAAAGGUGUGAGGUUGAAUUUUUGUCUAGUUUGGGUAACUUUAAGGCUUCAAUCUCAUGUUUAAUAAUUCCGAGCAUAAGUGAGGAACUUCCACUUUAUGAGGUCAAUUUGAAGGCACUGAAUAUCCCUGGAAAUAUUCAGCUGGCAAAUCCAGGCUUCCAUAUCCCAGAAGAGAUUGAUAUGCUGAUUGGGGCUGGAUUUUUUUGGAAACUCGUGCGAGAUGGGCAAAUAUCGUUGGGCAAUGGUAUGCCAUGCCUCCAAAAUACAUGUUUGGGUUGGAUUAUUUCUGGAGAGUUCCAAAAUAAUAUAUCUGGUGGGAAAAAUUCUAAAACUAUUUGUAAUUUUGCAAUGGAUUUGGAUGAGCAAAAUCAGUUGCAAAAGUUUUGGCAAUGGGAGGAACCAGGAUUGACAAAAAAUGAGAAUUUGUCUUCUGAGGAGGUAAUGUGUGAAAAUUUGUUUGUUUCUACAACUUCUCGUGGUGAGGAUGGUCGAUUUGUGGUGACUAUUCCUUUGAAAGAUUCUGUAGAUAAACUUGGAGAUUCAAAACAAAUGGCUUUGCAAAGAUUAUUUUCCUUGGAAAGAAGGUUUCAAAAAAGUGAGUCGUUGCGUAAGCAAUAUGGCGAAUAUAUGGCCGAAUAUGAAAGAGUGGGCCACAUGACUAAGACUAGUGAUUUUCAGGAGGAUGAGGUGUCUUUCUUUCUUCCACAUCAUGGAGUGAUUAAAGAGGACAGCUCUACAACAAAAUUAAGAGUUGUGUAUGAUGGGUCGGCACAGUCAAGCAGUGGCGUCUCCAUUAAUGACUUACAAUACGUUGGACCUAAAAUACAGGAUAAUUUGUUGUCGAUUCUGUUACGAUUUAGGCAAAACAAGGUGGCAUUUUGCGCAGAUAUUGCGAAAAUGUACAGGCAGAUUUGGUUGAUGGAUGAUCUCAUUUCCGGUUCGUCAUCUCUAGAAGAGGCAAUAGAGGUGUGUAAAGAGACUUCUAGUAUUUUAAUAUCAGCAGGUUUCGAGUUAAGAAAGUUUUGCUCCAAUAACAAGGUUUUUUUGAGUCAGAUGGGUCCAGAUAAUCCAGAUAUAGAAGGGCAUAAUGUUGUGUUGGAUCUAGGUGAAGGUGGAAAAACCAAAACAUUAGGAUUAUUUUGGAACUGUUCUUUGGACGUUUUUACGUAUAAAAUUGGAUCUUCGUUGAAUAAUGAUGUGAUAAGUAAAAGAAAAAUACUCUCUGACAUCGCUCAGAUAUUUGACCCGUUGGGUUUGCUAAGUGCUAGUAUCAUAAUUCCUAAAAUCAUCUUACAGAAACUGUGGUUGCUUAAAUUGUCGUGGGAUGAUGAAAUUCCAAUAGAGUUAAGGAAUGACUGGUUAAGGUUUAAAAGUGAAAUGUUGGAAUUUAAUAGUCUUUUAAUUCCCAGAUUUGUGUCAUGUGAAAAUCCAAAAAGAAUGGAAUUACAUGGGUUUUCUGAUGCAAGUCAAAAUGCAUUUGGGGCUUGCGUCUAUAUCAGAACCGUUGACAGUUUAGGUUGUUUGCAGGUUAAAUUACUAUGUGCUAAAAGUAGAGUGGCACCAAUAAAGGCUUUAACUAUACCAAAAUUGGAACUGUCAGCUGCAUUAUUACUCUCAAAACUGGUUCAGGAGGUUUUAGAAUCAAAGGUGCUACAUUUUGAUGAAAUGAUUUUAUGGUGUGAUUCAACUGUAGUGUUAAGUUGGAUUAGGUCGCCGGCAAAUCAGUUUAAUCAGUUCGUAUCAAAUCGAGUGGCUCAGAUACAAACUUUGGUAGAUUGUGACAAAUGGCGGUAUGUAAAAUCUGAAGAUAACCCCGCUGAUCUGGUGUCCAGGGGUGUCUUUCCAUCUAAGUUAAAAAACAACAAGAUGUGGUUUAAUGGUCCUGAUUGGUUGGGACAGUUGGAAUAUUUUGUUAAAGAUGUAGAAAUUGUGAGUUUGGAUAAACUUCCAGAAACCAGAAAAAAGAUCAAGGCUCAUGUUUGUGUUGAGAAUAUUCCCUUUGAGCUACUUAAUAAGAUUUCAGAUUUUGAUAAAUUCAAGAGGAUUUUUGCUUGGUGUAAAAGAUUUGUGGAUAACUGUAGGAGCAAUAAACUUGGGAAAUUGCGUCGUUUUGGAGAGUUAUCUGUGGACGAAUUAAGAAAUUCUGAGAGGGAAUUAGUGAAAAUUGCUCAAAGUGAAAGUUUUUCUAAGGAGUUGGCUGUUCUAAAGAAAGGUCAAUUCAUAAAAAAAGGUAAAUUGUCAGGGUUAAAUGCUUUUCUUGACAAAGAUGGUAUUUUGAGAGUCGGUGGUAGGUUGAGGUUGUCAGGUUUUGAGUAUGACAAGAAGUUUCCUGCCCUAUUAAGUAGUAAACAUAUUUUAUCCAGGCUAAUUGUGAGGCACGAACAUAAAAUAUUGCUACAUGCUGGUCCUCAGAUGGUAUUGAGCUCCAUAAGAGAAAGGUAUUGGCCUAUUGGGGGGAGAAAUUUAGUAAAGAAAAUAAUUUACGAGUGUGUGGUAUGUGCGCGAGUUAAGCCGUUAUCUCUUGGGAUUCAAAUGGGCAAUCUUCCAAAAUCACGUUUAACGAUUCAGCCUCCUUUUAAUAUUACAGGGGUGGACUUUGCGGGGCCGUUUAAUCUUAAGAUUGCACAAGGUCGCGGUAAUAGAUUAUAUAAGGGUUACAUAUGUUUAUUUGUGUGUUUCACGACACGUGCCAUACACUUAGAAGUUGUCACAAGUUUGUCAACAGAGGCUUUUAUAGCCACACUUAGAAGGUUUGUCUCGCGUAGGGGAAAACCAAGUGAAAUUCACUCUGACAAUGGUAAAAACUUUUUGGGAGCCUCUUCAAAAUUAAAAGAAUUUGGUCAUUUUUUAGAGGAUUAUCAAUCCAAAUUGGAAGGGUUGGUCAAAGAUGAGGGUAUAAAAUGGCAUUUCAUUCCUGCCUACUCGCCUCAUUUUGGAGGCCUUUGGGAGGCAGGCGUCAAAACUGUCAAAUAUCAUUUAAAAAGGGUGGUUGGCAAUCAUAAUGUAAGUUAUGAAGACUUUACAACGAUUUUGUGUCAAAUAGAGGCCAUUGUCAAUUCACGUCCUUUAACUCCGAUGUCAUCCGAUCCUCGCGAUCUGGAUGUAAUAACCCCUGCGCAUUUUUUAAUAGGUAGGCGGCUUACCUCGGUACCUGAUAAGAACUUACUUAGUGUUAGUGAAAACAGGUUAGCGCGUUUUGAAAGGCUGCAACAAAUGCAGCAGAGCUUUUGGUCUAGGUGGUGUAAGGAAUAUGUGGCUGAACUUCAAAAUCGUGUCAAGUGGAAGCACAGUAAGGACAAGUUAAAGGAGGGUGACUUGGUUUUGAUCAAGGAGGACAAUAUUCCACCUUUGGAUUGGCGAAUGGGACGAGUAUUACGGCUUUAUCCAGGUGUCGAUGGAACCAGUCGUGUUGCAAUUCUUAAAACUUUACGUGGUGAAGUUACUCGUUCUUUUUCUAAGUUGUGUCCGCUUCCAAUCGAAGCAGAUAUUAAAUAA